CGACAGAUUGCGGUUGUGUGCAUCGGGUCGGCCAUUUUGAAACUUGCGUUUAAGAAGAUGGUUGAUGAGAUGAUAAGCUCCUAGAUGCGAAAUUAUUUUGCUCGCCGAACAACUCCGUAAGAACAGCGGCUUCGCAAGCGCAUCCUGCUCAGUCGCCAUGAAGCGAGAAAAUGAGAGUGCUGAAUCGCGGGAGGAGAGGAGAAAGAAGAGGAAGUCUCGUUGGGGUGGAGAUGAAAAAGAAAAGAUAUUCAUCCCCGGGAUGCCAACCGUGCUCCCUACCAAUUUGAGCAAAGAGCAGGAAGAAGCAUAUUUAGUUCAACUGCAGAUUGAAGAGGUUAGCCGGAAGCUGCGCACAGGAGAUCUGGGGAUCGCUUCCAAUCCAGAGGAAAGAUCCCCAUCCCCUGAGCCGAUCUACAGCAGUGAUGGAAAACGAUUGAACACCAGGGAAUACCGCACUCGCAAAAAGCUGGAGGAUGACAGACAUCAACUCAUUCAGAAGAUGAUGGAUUUAAACCCAGAUUUCAAACCGCCACCUGACUACAAACCACCUGUUGUAAGAGUAAGUGAUAAAGUUAUGAUACCACAAGAUGAGCAUCCAGACAUUAAUUUUGUUGGACUGUUAAUUGGACCACGUGGUAACACUUUGAAGUCCAUGGAGAGAGAGACUGGUGCUAAAAUAAUAAUUCGUGGCAAAGGUUCUGUAAAGGAAGGAAAAGUAGGUCGGAAGGAUGGUCAGCCACUGCCAGGUGAAGAUGAACCUCUGCAUGCCUAUGUGACUGCCAGCCAUCCCGAGUCUGUGAAGAAAGCUGUUGACAGAAUCAAAGAGAUUAUUCGUCAAGGUGUAGAGGUCCCUGAAGGCCAAAAUGAUUUAAGGCGUAUGCAGUUGCGUGAAUUAGCCUUGCUUAAUGGUACCUUAAGAGAAAAUGAUGGGCCACGGUGUACCAACUGUGGUGCUACUGAUCACAAAUCGUGGAUGUGUCCUGACAAGCCAAAUGUCACCAACAAUAUUACCUGUUCUGCUUGUGGUGGAGUUGGACACAUUGCACGUGAUUGUAGACAAAAAGCUGGAGGUGAGGGUAGGCGUUCCACCAAUCAAGAAAAGGCCAAGAUUGAUGAAGAGUACAUGUCUUUGAUGGCGGAACUUGGAGAGGGGCCACCGCCAAGCCAAAACAAGGACAACGACCGCCAGCGCCGCGGUUUCAGCAACAGCUCCAACUCCGGACUGUUCGACCGGCAGAUGCAGCCGAGGGCCAUCAUGGCUCCGCCGCCGCCGUCCGUGAUGCAGACGCCCCCCCAGCUGAUCCCCAACUCGCUGCCGCCGCCGCCCUGGAGCGCCCCCGUCGACAAGGUGCCCACGGCGGCGCAGGCGCUGCCGCAGCCUGCCCCUCCCGGAGUAGCGCCGGGCGCCAUGCAGAGCAUCCCCAACAUGACGCGGCCACCGCCGCCUUCCAGCAACUCGAUGGUGGUGCCGCCGCCGUGGCAGAUGCCCAGCGUGCCGCCUCCGAACCUGCUCCAGGCGCCGCCCCCGCCGCCGCCAGCGCCGUCGUCGCAGGGGCCGCCCAACACCCCCAGCAUUCCACCCCUGCUGCCCUGGCUGGCGUCCUCGCAGCCUCCGCCACCGGCCACCACACAGAGCAUCCGCCCCCCUCCCACCAACGUGCCGCCCCCGGGCAUUCCCCCGUGGCAGCAACAGCCCCCCGGACCGCCCGGACCGCCACCGGGCGUCCCCGGAGUCCCAGGCGUCCCGGGCCAGGGCGUGGGCCCCGUGCCACCCCCAUCAGCACGCCCGCCCCCGCCCCCCGCCCAGGGUGGCAUGGGCGGCAUGGGAGGAAUGUACCCCUGGCAGUCUGGUGGCUACAUGGGGGUGCCACCCCCACAGCCCGUGCAGCCGCCCCCGGGCCUGAACAACCUUCCCAACCUACUGGCUGCACCUCCACCACCCCCGCCUAGUUAGACUUUUAUUUUGUUAUUUUCAAAUUGUGGUAGUUGAGACCAAGAAGGAAUGCUAAACGAAAUUUACUCCAGUUACUCAUUCAUCGACGCUUUUGAUUUUUUUUUGUAAGUUAUUUUUUUCCCCUGUUUUACUUUUGGAGAAAGGUAUAUGCAAAGGAAAUAUUUGUAAUCCUUGCUUGUGCUUGUUUGUGUUCGUGAGUAUGUGUGCGUGUAUGUGUCUGUCUGGAAGUUCUAUGAAAUGGUGAUAGGAUGUUGUGGAUGCUCCACUUUAGCUUGUAGCAAAUGACUUCUAUUUUCGUCUUUCUCUAUUUCAUUUGUUUCUGUUUUGUGUUGAAAUGGAAUUGAUGUUGGUAUGGUAGACCAAUGACAUGUGCUAUUGCAUAUUAUAAAUCUACUUUUUUUUUCUCUUUAUACAAGGGGAUUUUGACUAAGCAAAUUCUAAUGCAAACAUCACAUUAUUUUAUUAAAUCACCUCUUUAAAAUAUUGAUUGUGGUUUGUAUUUCUUGAAAAUCAACUAUACAAUUUAGACCGAUUGACUGUAAUCUUUACACCAACAUUCUUAUUCCUUCCUUGUUGUAUUAGCCAAUGUGUUUUCACAUUUCUGUAGCCUUAUUAACUCUCUUUAGUAAUGAGUGACUGAAUUGCAUUGAAAAAAAGAAAGAUUCAUGCAUUGUUAUUAAAGUUUGCUUUAGUCUGUUGUUGAAACCUACAUACAGUAGUAAAAUUAUGUGUGUUGAAUAUGAGAUGUGUCAUAAAGAAGUAUACGUGUGCACUCUUUGCAUACAGUUCCUGCGCUAAUAAAAAUUUAAAAAGAAA